UAAUUUAAAAUACGAGUCAUUUUUAUGUAUUUAUUCCUAAAAAAAACGAUACUUCAUUUUAACACAUAAACAACGGGAACUUGUUUUCAAAGUGGUUGAUCGCUAGAUGGCGCUUUUAUAACGACCUUGGGACUGCGCUCCAUAGAUUUGAAACAGGCUAGUAUCUUCCUAAUGAAGCAAAACGGAAAAAAAGGUGUUUUCCUAAAUAGGGUUUCUGUUAUACUGGUAACAUUUGACAUCAUCCUAGAUCACUACUCGUAUCCUUCAAUUAUCCUGAGUUUCUUGUUUUUUUUUUUACUUGAUUAUUAUAACCUAUUAAAAACACUGCGAAUGCAAUUAAUAUAAAAUCAAUCAACCGGUUUCCCCUUCCCGAACACGGCAUAUCCAAAGAGAAAUACAUGCAGGCAGUGUAGAGGUUUCGGGGGAAAUUAGCAAAGCAAGGUGCACGAAGAGGGAGGGGGUACCUAACUGUAGCUCUUGAUACUGAAGUGUUGCUGUUGCACCCGGGACCCGGGCUGGACAAACCAGCUGUACCUGUUGAAUGAAUUCGAUACAUACGUGACUCGAAAGCAGUGAUAUGAAUCAAUGCAGGAAGCACUGCGCGGCAUUCCAAUUGAUGGUGUUAAUCCAGCCAUGGCGUCGACUACGACUGCUGUUAAACAAAUGCCACCACAACCCACUUCGCUCAUAGCAGCGUGGAAGGGCAACGUCAGCGAGGUAUCUCCUCCUCAAGCGAAGAUGCGACUCCAAAAGAACCUGGCUAAGGUGCUCAAGAGCCCAGUCCUCCCGGCUCAAGAUGUCAGCUACUGGGAAGCGCCGGCGAACUCAGGGGAACGGAAUCCCGUGGGGGUGGGCGCUGGAGCCCCCCGGUGCAGGAAAAGAGGAUAUCGACCUCCCCAUGUGAGAACCAUCUUUGAGCCGCCCGGGAAAGACCCCCGAGAGAGAGAAGAGCGAGGAGAGGGGCACAGCUUCUGUGGUGGCAUCACCGGGGCUUGGUGUGACUGCUGCUGCCGCUACAUCCUGCAAAGCGGCCUCGUAUGUUCAGAUUGCAAGUACACCUGCCAUCCCUAUUGCAGAGACCUGGUGACGUUGGACUGUCACCAGAAUGGCAAAUCAGUGGAGCCCCCCUUGCUCGAUGUGGGAGAUCACAGCAACAACAGUUCCACCAGUUCCACCCACCCGCCGGAUGUGGAGAAAGAGCGGGAGCUGCGCACACACCUCAGUAAAGAAGAAAUCCGACAGAAGGUUGAGCUCUACAACUCCUCGGUUACAGACCACCUGAAAAUGACCCUGAAUCCCGUUGGCUCCUACACUGGUUUCAUUAAAGUCCAGAUGGAGCUACAGCGGCCCAUCACAGUGCGUGGCCCCGGGGACCCAGCGCACAGCAGCGAGGACGCCUUCUACCUGCCCAAGGGCUCCAUCAACACCCUACACAUCAGCAGCGGUAACACCGCGAGGGAAGUCAUCGGGGCGCUGCUCAGCAAGUUCAUGGUGGUGGACAACCCCGCCAAAUUUGCAUUGUACAAGCGCUGCUGCAGGGAAGACCAAGUGUAUGUGUGCAAGUUGUCAGACGGGGAGCACCCUCUGUAUCUGCGGUUGCUGGCGGGGCCCAACACAGAUACACUGAGCUUUGUACUGCGUGAGCAACAGACAGGAGAGGUGAUGUGGGACGACUUUUCUGUUCCAGAGCUCCAGAACUUUGUGCGUAUUCUGGACAAAGAGGAAUCGGACCACCUGCGCUCCCUGACGAGGCGCUAUGCCACCUACAAGCUGAAACUGGAGGAGGCAAUGGAAGGAGCAAGGAAGCCAGGCUAAUGGGGAGCCAAACGGAGCCCGGGGGCCACAAUGGCAUGCAUUUAGCAGGGCCUGGCAUGUGACUGCAGGACUGGCUGCUUUAGAAAAAUCAAUGGAGUGCUUUUAUGUGGUACACGGGCUACCACGAAAACUGGAACUUUUGGAUCAGAGAACUGGGUCGCAUUUAACAGCUUGCACACUUCAAAUAUUUAUUGACGACUGCAAACGUGUUGAUUUUACUCGUCAUCCAGCACUCUGCCUGCCUGCCUAUCAGGACAUUUUUUAAUUACCUCUGUAGCCUGUGAAUCUGAAAGAAAAUAUUGUCAAUCAGUCAUUUUUAUUUUAUUUGAAUUUUUAUUUUAUUGUAUAUGAUAUUGUGAACUGUAAUGUUUUUUUUUUUUUUUUUUUUUUUUGUUACUUUUAAUUUAUAAGGCAGGAAUGGAGAAAAGAAUAUAUAGGUUUUUUUAAAUUAUUUUUUUACUGGUUUAUCUGAGAAGAGUAUAAAGAAACUGUAUCAAGAAGCAGGUUCGUUGGAUGCGUUGGGAACUGUGGGAUGCUCCAGUUGGAAUGACGAGGCGUCAGAGAUGAGUGUCGGUGCGUUCCAGUAAGGGCAGCAUUGGAGAGAUGUUGAUUAAGAAUGAUCAAUGCAGGGUAAGAGUGUGGUGAGAUGGAAUGUGUAAGAUGGCGAGUUGUGGGUUGAAGCAGGUGAGGGAAGCUGGUUAGGGAGAGAAGGAAUGGAAAUGAGCAGAGGCAACGAGCAUGCUACUGCAAUUUGAAACGUUUGCUUUACUAUUUGAAAUCGGGUAGGUUAGAAACCAGUUCUUGGACUUUUCUCUACAGUUUGAAUGUUUUAAGUAGAGGCCUUAAACUCAGAGUGAAACACGGCCUGGCAGGUAGAGUUUAAUCUAAAAGUAGUGUUCUGAUAAUACCACGCAGAGAACGAGCAGUUUGUUUCUUUAAGGAAGGUGCCAUGUGUGGACGUGCAACAGAGAGAAAUUUAGGAGGAGGAGGCCGGGGAUUGAGGUGAAUUCAUUCAGCUUUCCUGCAGCACUGCCUUUGACAAUCAAAUGAAACCUAGCCUAAAACCCAGAGCAAACCCCCAUGAGGUGGCUGCAGCAUUUCGGUUCAUCAGUUGAGACCCAUUGGGCUGCACAGUAUGUAUGAUGAAGUCUGACUUCAUAUUUACAUUGAUGCACAAUCACAGGAAGUUCCAUGCAGUUGCUUCUAAAAUCACAGUCCAUUGAUUUUGUUUCUGAUUUUUAUAGUGGAGUUUUUAAAGCUUGAAGCCUUAAUCUCACUUGUACAAGCUGUGAACACAGGACUGUGGUCUCCAGCAGUCUGAACAGUUGUAAAUACUUGUUUUCAUCACAGACGUGCAUGUAUAUUCAUCAGUUUUCACCUUAUUUCCUGCCUAGGAAGCACUGUUUCAAUUUCAACCCCCUCCUUUUAAACUCUGAGGCUGCUGAUCACAUGCAAGCCACUGUCUUUCUUGUCUUCAUAUUGCACAUCUUUCAAUUAGUACUGUAUGACAAGUCUCUGUUACUGAUUCACAAUGAAGCACUGGCACUGAUCUGCAGACAUGCUGUAGGAGAGAGCUCCUUCUGUCAAGGGCUUGGUUUGUUACACCCCAUCUAGUGGGCAACUGCUGUACUGCACAUUUACCAGUUAUUGAAUUUGUAUAUAUAAUAUGCUAGACUCUGUUAACUUUGUUUGGGUGAUCAAAUACUGUUUUUUGUUUUAUUUAUUUUGUUUUAACCAAAGACUUCUGAUACUUUUUAAAGAGCUGACUUGAUGUUUUGUGAGUCAGUCAAUUAAGGUAAAGCGGACCAAGACUUCUACAAUCCAUUUUCUUCCCUCUAUGCAACUGGCAGCAUGAUCACUGUCCCCCUUUUCUUGGUUUUGUUUUUACUUUUAUGCAAGAUAUGCACAAAAGAAGAUUGGUGUAGCUUUCUGGAACUUCCUGUGUUGUAGGGUAGGUUUAAUCCAAUGGUCUGGCAGCAAUCGGUCUAUGUGACCUACAUCACAGGAAGUGAGAAAUCUACACAGCCUGAAAAAAGCUUGUGUAGAACCAAAAUACGAUUGGCAUCAUAUAAGGGGCUGGGGAUUUUGCCAAUACUAUUAAGAGGGAAGAAGGAGGAUUUAAAAGCUUUGAUUUAGCCCUUUAGUCUCAGUUUUAGGCAGACCUUCACAGGAAUUUCUUAAGCCAUUUAUCAGCGCCUAUGGAGAAAUUCUAUAUGAGGCAGAGUGCAGUAUGGGCAGCACCGUACACUGUAUGCAGCAACGCUCACGCGCAGAUUUAAUGUGAAUACUAUAGUGCAUGUGUGAGCUAUAUCUUGUGAAAACUUUAAUCAGCAAGCUAAUUUAGGGCACUUUACGACAUCUUUUGAGGGAUCCACUUGUGUUUAUUGUGUUUUAUUGAAUGCUGCGACUGCUAUAAAUGAUUGACGGUUUAAUCAAGUCAAUUAAUUUAUGUAUUCCUGUUUUGUAGUAGCUUAAGAAAGCUAUUUAACCUAGCAAUGGUCGUGAUUUGAAUUAAUUUUUUUUUUUUUUUACUGUGACAUUGUUGAAAUGGUAUCUCGUAAAGAAAAAAAGUUUAGAUUCACGUUUUGUCCUCCUUAAUUUGUUAUAAAAUGGAUUUCAGUCAAAAGGAUGGGGUUGAUACCAAAGCAGGCUUAAAAUGGGUCCAAGUUGCUGAGGGGCUGCAAAUGCAAUUAUUUGGGGACAUGUUUUGGUCAGUAUUGUUUAAGAAAAUACAGUUUCUUUCAAUACGGCAUUAUAUGUUAUGCACUAGUUUUCUAUGAAUAUUAAUAAUACACCACUGUGAUUAGGGCAAGUGGGUGGUUGUUUAAUAGUUUCACACUGAUUUAAAAAAAAAAAAAAAAAAAAAAAAAAAAAAAAGUGUAUAUAUAAAAAAUAUUACUUUUAAUAAAGACCUGUACUGUAUGGCCUUGGUUUAUAAGUGCUAAAAUUCCAGGAAAUAAUAAUAAAAUAAACGGUAAACAUUUAAAAUAUUGAUGGUACAAGAAAGAUCUGCAAAAUUGUUAGAUUGGAAAAAAGGUUUGAGCAAAUGUUGACAUUCUAAUAUUUUGUGAUUCUGUUUGUGGCUGAUGCAAGUUAAGAUUUA